UAUAUGCUGCUUCUUUAAUCCAACACUGCGCGCUCCCUCUCUCGGACCGAGAUGCCCUGUCCGACCCCAAUCCGGACAAAAACCUGUCCCACUCCUCUCGGUCGUUGAUCUCGCAUAUCAACGGCUAAGAUGUGCCGGACACUUUAUGCUCUAAAACGACGUCAUUUUUGCUCGACACAUCUCUACCGUUGAUUUGCGGGAUCAACGGCCGAGACGAAUGGGACAGGCCCCUGUCCGGGUUGGGUCGGACAGGGGAUCCGGGUCCCUCUCUCUCGCUCUCUCUCUCUCUCGUUUUGGUGAAAAAAUCCAGCACCGCUCUCUUUAUCCACAAAACCCCAAAUCACGACGGAAUUUAGUCGACUGUUGCUUGUUUUCCUAUUACACAACACAACAGAAGCUGUACCUAUUCCUUCCUUCUGCGCUUGUGUUUCAACGCGUGUAAUCUCAGCUGGGAAUCGAUUUCGUUUUAAGGUAAUAAAACUGUGAAAUCGGUUUGCUCUGUGCUCUGCAUAAAUUGUCGAAAAAUUUGACACUUGAAGUUUCCUGGAAAAGGUGAAGUUGUAGAAAUUACAAGUAUCAGUGGCAAAGCCUGGUAAUUGGUAUUGGAUGCGAGGUCGUCGUUUGAUUGCGAAAUUUUUACUUGGGUUUUGUGUGGUUAGGAAUUUGGCAUGAUGGUUUUCGUGAAAAGUUCGGUGUAUUUGGGGAUUGGGUAAUUGGGAUUGGGUGAGAGGUGUUUGAUGAGUAUCGUGUGAGGGGUUUUAUCAACUUUUUGAUCAAGGUUGUUAUGGAUGACUGGAAAGUUUGAUUCGUUUGCAUUUGUGUUUGGAAGAGGAGAGAUAUUGGAGAUGGCUAUGGUGAGCAAAACCAGAAAUAUGCUUGAAGGUUUGGUAAGAGAAGGAUCAUUCAAAUGGUUGAUCAAAACUCGGACUUCUUUCAAUGAAGAGUUCGAGGAGAUGAGAAGUUCUCCUUCAGCUGGAAGGAACUGGAUACCAGAACUCUCCCCUGUGGCAAAUAUAGUACUUCGUAGAUGCUCAAAAAUCCUAGGCAUUUCUGUGGGUGAACUUCGAGAAAACUUUGAUGCAGAGGCUUCGGACUCUACAAAGCAUCCAUCACGUUAUGCUAGGAACAUUUUGGAGUAUUGUUGUUUCAGGGCUCUUGCUUUGUCUACGCAAGUGGUAGGUUAUUUGGAAGACAAAAGGUUCCGACGGCUAACAUUUGACAUGAUGCUUGCUUGGGAGUUUCCAGCUGCUUCCAGCCAACCACUUAUCAAUAUGGAUGAGGAUGUAACAGUUGGGGUAGAGGCCUUUUCUAGAAUUGCCCCUGCUGUUCCUAUCAUUUCCAAUGUGAUUAUCAGUGAUAAUCUUUUCGAGGUGCUUACAGCAUCAACUGAUGGUCGGCUUCAGUUUUCUGUCUAUGAGAAGUAUCUAACUGGAUUAGAGAGGGCCAUAAGAAAAUUUAAGACCCAAUCUGAAUCAUCUCUCCUUUCAUCCUUGCGGUCUGCAAGAGGAGAAAAGAUCUUGGAAGUGGAUGGGACAGUCACCAGCCAGCCAGUUCUAGAGCAUGUGGGAAUUUCAACUUGGCCAGGUCGACUAAUUCUCACAGAUCAUGCGCUCUACUUUGAAGCUCUUCGGGUUGUCUCUUAUGAUAAGGCAAAAAGAUAUGGCUUGUCGGAAGAUUUGAAGCAGGUUGUUAAACCUGAGUUGACAGGACCUUGGGGAACUAGACUCUUUGACAAAGCAGUCUUCUACAAAUCAGUUUCCCUACCAGAACCAGUUGUGAUGGAGUUCCCUGAGCUUAAAGGACAUGCACGUCGUGACUAUUGGCUUGCCAUUAUCAGAGAAGUAUUAUAUGCUCAUAGAUUUUUAAAUAAGUUCCAGAUCACGGGAGUUGAACGUGAUGAAGCACUUCUAAAGGCAACACUUGGGAUUCUGCGUGUACAAGCCCUCAAAGAAAUGAGUAUUGCAAGCCCUUCUUGCGAGGACUCUCUUCUUAUGUUCAAUCUCUGUGAUCAACUUCCAGGUGGAGACUUAGUACUAGAAGCACUUGCAAACAUGUCAUCCUCAAGGGACCUAGAUCGGACUACCCAUUCUAAUGCUGGAGGCAGAAUGUAUUCAACAUCGGCUAUAUCCAUGGCUUCUAGCUUGGGGUUUGUAUUUGGAACGAGUUCUAAUGUUAAUGAGGCUGGACUUUGUGUGGGUGAGAUCACUGUGGGAGAGAUAAGCCCGCUGGAAAGAGCAGUUACGGAAUCCAGAAGCAACCAUAAAAAGGUGGCGUUUGCAAAAGCAACUGUUGAUGGGGUUAAAGUAGAUGGAGUUGACACCAAUUUGGCAGUCAUGAAGGAGUUACUCUCUCCUCUUACGGAAGUUGGGAAGUGGCUUCUUUCUCUGGCAUAUUGGGAAGACUCUCUGAAGUCUUCUAUGUUCUGUAUGGUUUCCUCUUACAUCAUAUUCAGGGGAUGUCUGGGCUAUGCUUUUGCAUUCAUGCUCAUCUGUAUGGCACUCUUUAUGGUACUUACGAGGUCCUUUGGCCAAGGAAGUGUUGAGGAGCUAAACGUAGUUGUACCUCCUUCAAUGAACACAAUGGAGCAGCUUUUGGCUGUUCAGAAUGCAAUAUCUCAAACUGAAGAGCUUAUCCAAGAUGGAAACAUUGUUCUUCUGAAGUUUCGUGCCUUAUUGUUAUCUAUUUUCCCCCAGGCAAGUGAGAAAUGUGCAGUUGCUCUUCUGUUAAUGGCCUUGAUUAUCGCCUUCUUACCAUUUAAGUACAUAGUUCUUCUCGUUUUCUUGGAGCUAUUUACCAAGUACUCCCCCCUGAGGAAACCAAGCACAGAGCGUUGGACACGGAGACUCAGAGAAUGGUGGUUCAGCAUCCCAGCGGCUCCUGUUGUUCUUGAAAGAGCAAAGGAGGACAAGAAGAGAAGGUGAUGUAAAUAUUUGUUCAAGUUCGUGCCUUAUAUGUAAGUCAAUGUUCUGUAUGCCCUCAAGACAUUUUCGGGUCUGUAUAUCUGCAGAGUGAAAAAAGUGCAGAGUCCCAAUGAAACAAUUUCUUUGAUAGUUUUAAUGUGAUUUCCUGGUGUAAUUUGUUUCCAAUCAUAAUAAUGCAGCAGCGAUCAUCAUUUUGCUUGAAA